GAGCGAUGAUGGCGUAUAGCUAAGCCGGAGUGCCUCCUUUGAGACUCCACCGAGACCCAAACCAGCGCCACAACCAUGUCGAGCCUGUCGCGGCGCCAGGUGCGCCUGCGGCGCGAGUACCUCUACCGGCGGUCGCUGGAGGGGAAGGAGAAGGUCGUCUACGAGAAGAAGCGCAAGAUCUCCGAGGCGCUGGCCGCGGGCAAGGCGAUCCCGACGGAGCUCCGCGAGGAGGAGGGCGAGCUGCGGAAGCUCAUCGAGUACGACGGCGCGCGGCACGCGGCGCCCGGGUCCCUCGACGACGAGUACGCGCGGACGCUCCGCGGCGAGCGGCUCGCCAAGGUCUGCGUGUGCACGUCGCGCGACCCGAGCUCGCGCCUGAAGCAGUUCGCCAAGGAGCUCAAGCACAUGGUGCCCAACGCGACGCGCGUGAACCGGGGCAACACGCGCGUCGGCGACCUCGUCGACGCGACGCGGCGCGGCGAGUUCACGGAUUUGGUCAUGGUCCACGAGACGCGGGGCCAGCCCGACGGCCUCGUGGUCUGCCAUUUACCGCUGGGCCCGACGACCUACUUCACGCUGUCGAACUGCGUGCUCCGCCACGACAUCGACGCGCCGCCGCCCUUCUCGUCGGACGCGCCGCCGCACCUCGUCUUCCACGACUUCGACGACGGCAAGCGCCUCGCGAAGCGCCUCAAGACCGUGCUCCAGUGCCUCUUCCCCGUGCCCAAGGCCGACGCGAAGCGCGUCUGCACCUUCUACAACGCCGCGGACCGGAUAUCGUUUCGCCACCACACGUACGAGCGCGACGGCCCCGACGUGCACCUCACGGAGCUCGGGCCCCGCUUCGAGAUGACGCCCUACAUGAUCAAGCUCGGCACGCUCGACCAGGCCGACGCCGACGUCGAGUCGCGGCUCGUCUGGGGGCAGGGAGCAGUGCCGGCGGGAGCACCUCGGAGCAUCAUGGGUUGCGGCAUGUCCUCCGAUGCCUCCGCCAUGCCCGCGGGCGGCGCCCAGGCCGUCAUGAUCAUGACCGUGCCGCCGGAGCUCGAGGAGCGCGUCACCAAGUUCUGGGAGCUCCACGCCAAGUGGAUGGCCUACACGCACGUGUCGACGGGCGAGAAGACGUGCCUCUUCUACCACGUCUGCAAGGGCCCCGAGGUCGAGGACUUCACGAGCGGACCGUCCGCGAAGAAGACGGGCAACGUCACGUUCACGAUCACGGAGUUCUACGCGACGCCCGCCGGCCUCGACACGCACUUCGCCAUGUUCGCCGCGGGCCACGCGGAGAUGGCCGAGUUCGGCAAGGAGUUCGGCGAGCUCAUGGCCACGGGCAAGGUCAAGUUCUCGGGCCACGGCUACGGCACGACCGUCGCGUCCAUCGGCGCCGCGGAGUUCCCGCCGACCUACGACGGCUUCGAGCCCUAGGCGCGAGGACGCGCAGCGCCGCGACAAGCGCGGCCGCGGAAGCGCACGCUCGCGAGUAGCGCCCAGCUGACGCGCGCCUAUAUAUCAAAAAAGGC